UAAAGUCAUAUCAGUAACAGGACAACCAGAGAAAUUUUGAGAACUUUCGAUGGCAAGAUGAUCUCGAACGAAAGGCGCAGUAAGCUGACAGCUGUUAGCAAAUCCAUAUCUUGUAGCAAACCCGCUAGGUCCCAACAAACAUACGCACCUAACAUCGCAGCCUACACUUCUUCCACAUACCCAUCUUAACUUUUCUACUCUUACCCAACUGUUGUAUACACUCGCAAUACCCGUUCUUUACCACCUGCAGAUUUUCUUAUGACGUCAUCACACACAGCCACGGGCGUACUCGAGUUUCUCUGCAACCGGCGAUUUCACAGACGUUUUGCCCUACUACCAAACCCUGAUACCGGGCGAAGCAAGCCAUACAACGUGUCUUAUGCUGACUAUGGCGACUCGACCAGCAACGCAGUUGUCCUAUUCUGUGGUGGGCUAAUGGGAACACGACUAUCCUAUUCCCAUCUCGAUCAAUUAGCCAAAGCCCACAAUGUAAGAAUCAUCCAUCCGGACAGACCAGGAAUAGGCGGCAGCGAUCCUGUUGAGCUUGAUAAGCGGAUAGAAACUUGGCUCGAAAUGGUUCCUCAGCUCCUGAUUCAUCUGAACGUAUCACACGUCUCAUUGGCAAGUCAUAGUUGGGGUACCAUCUACAUUCUCAAUACCUUACUAGCGUACCCACACCUUCUACAUCCCCAACAUCCAUACGUUUGCUACUUCGCUCCUUGGGUUCACCCCGCACAUUCAAAGGUUGCGCAUCUACAAGCAGCUCAAAUGUUACCAGCGCCGAUGAUCGGCAAGUUCGCGUCACUCGCGAAGUUCAUCAACCGAAAUGUCACGCCGUUAGCUGGGAUGAGUGGCAGCUUAAUGCACAGCAUUAAGGGCUCGUUGCCUCUUUCGAACGUUCUGCCAGAUUCUGUGUCCUUCACACCAAACAACACAUGCAAUCGCGCGUCUUCCGUAAGCUCAAACGGUGAUGGUUAUGCUCUUGACUUGAACAACCCGAGCGUGAUUGACGAAUUGCGGAAACAAAUCAUCACUUUCGUCUUCGCUGAGUCCAUGGAUGGCGUAUCUGGAGAUACACAACUAUGUCUGAAAAAGCCACGCUCCAUUCCAUGGUGCUCGCCAAACAUCCCUUGGUCCGAUAUUGACGCUGCAGUACCCCUGUUCUCAAGAAUUAUCAACGAAGACGAUCGCUUAAGUAGUCACAGCGCAGUGUGGACCGUCAACGUUUUCCAUGCUGAGGUGGACAAUAUGGUUGGUGAGAAGGGGAAGCAGUGGUUCGAUGACUGCUGGACGAUGGCCAAAACCUCUACCACUACCGCUCCGAGUCUAUCGUCACAGCCGCCACAACAACGGUCUCGAAAAUCUUAUGAGUUCAAGAGCCAGACGGUGCAGAAUGCCGAUCAUGAUUACUUGAUGGAUUCAGCUUUCGGCGCGAGUGAGACCUGGUUGCAGCGUGUCAGAGAUGCGGUCCCAGUAUCUACGAAAGAGAACAUCCUGCAUUGUCCACCGUAAGCGAAUGAGCAGAACAAUGUUAACUAAGGCGAGCAGUGUAGUCGGCGGACAUGCCUCUGAUAAGGCAAUUAGCAGAAAAGAAAAGCUGGAUAUGUCGCGAAACUUCACCACCUGAUUUGCUGGAACGAUCUCGAAGGCAAUCAGGGCAAAGUCGCAGUUGGAGGGUAGUCAGCUGAACACCAGAACGGCGUAUAACUCCGUAUUCAUAUCAUUCGUUUUCAACGACUAGUAAUGUACUUCCUAUUAUUAUCACAGGACACGACACCACAAUAUUAUACCUCGUUCGUAUGUGGAACUUGUUAUGUUUGUAAGUGUAUUAGUACUUCGAAGACUUGCAAUGGCCCAGCUGUGUGCGUGCUUUGAUCCUUGCAUUUCAGCAAUGUUCGUCAUACUUACAGCAAACUCUAGUAAUACUCAGCAACACCGAGGGCGUAUAGAGGCACAGGUAUAUCUACAAG